AAAACCGCGACCCCGGAGUCGACUGGUCCUCGCGCUUUGCCGUAGUGACGUCACACCCAAACAAGCAGCAGUCAGCUGGUGAUUACUGCCGGAUGGUCCCAAACUAAGUGGAUCUUCUCUUCAUAGCCAGCAUUUUUCAUCAUGUCUCAGGAUCCAUGGCUACAGAACUAUGACGCCACGUGUCGCCUGGCUCAGGAAAUAGCAGAGAACAUUCAUGAACGGAACAGGCAGCAGAGAACAGGGGGAAACCCUGCAAAGAUUAACAUGACACUACGGGCGUCACUGCAGAAGCUGAAACAGACUGUUUCCCAGCUCAAGGAAGGCCUGUUGCGAGCUUCAUCAUCUCGGCAGCUAAUGCAGUCAGAAGCUGACAGGAGGCAGAACCUUAUUGAUGACCUGCUUACCAGAGAGAAGCAUCUCAAUGCCACCUUCAAGGGAGACGUCACAGAGCCAGAACCUUCCAGGUCGACAUUGAUGGCAGGUGGGGCAGGAGCAAGUGGAGGCGCCGCGGGCAACCCCUGGCUGGUCAACGAAUCGGACGAGACCAGAGGCCUGACAUUUGGGGAGAUCAAACAGCAGCAGCAACGGAUCGUCGAAGCCCAGGAUGCAGGCUUGGAUGCACUCGCAGCUGUCAUCAGUCGACAGAAGAUAAUGGGCCAGGAGAUCGGCAAUGAGCUAGAAGAACAGAACGAAAUCAUCGACGACCUCGCUCAUCUUGUGGACAAAACAGAUGACAGGAUUCGUAAUGAAACGCGGAGGGUGAAGCUGGUGGAGACAAAGUCAGCCUCCUGUGGGAUGCUGGUGGUGAUCGUGCUGCUUCUCAUAGCCAUCGUGGUGAUCGCCGUGUGGCCUGUGUAGGCGAUGAGGACAGCAGCGAUCACGGACAUUUGCUGGACAACUACUACAGCGCCAGUUUGGUGCAGAAUGUCAGUUCAAAACCUUUGUGUACACAUUGCUCACAUUUACAUACAGCCUUUUAAAACACUGUCUGGCAUCAGAUUUUAUUUUCUUAUUGCUGCUCCUCACACUUGGACAAAGGUUACUGCCCAACCAAGGCAAUGUGAAAUGAAGAGCAUCACAGUUUCAGUCAUUUUCUUUUAUACAGUACGUUGUCUGUCUUGGGUGAAGGUCAUUGGUAACCCUGCAUUAGAAUAUACUGCUUGGGUGUACAUUGUCACCUCUAAUCGUUGUCCCUGACUCAUUUAAUCAACAAUUCAUCAAAGAGUUAGUUAUUUAGGGGUUUCUUAGCAUUUUUAAAACGUAUUUUGAGCCUGGACUAGGGUGAAUAUUGACCCAACAGUAGGACCUCCCACAGGUAGCAGGAGCGUUUCUUCCAUCAGUCUGUCUGUGGUCUGGGCUGAGGCUCACACUGGGUAAAGUUAUUCCACAAGCUUUGCAAUAUUCACACUUCCUUAUAUUUAUCCGUGCAUUACUGUAGAUGUGUAAUAUUAUCAUUUGUCUUGGGAUUUUACAAUGUUUAUAGAGAAGCCCCUCAGCCAAAACUAACAGCUUGGCUGUGUUACUAACACGGCAGCUUUCCUUCCUUGUAAAUCAAUUCAGCUUGUAAUUUCUAAUAAAUGACAUUUCCAGUUUA